UGUUCAGGUGCAGGAAAACCUGAAUAGGGACAAAGAGGCAUUUAAAAACAUUUCACUUAUUUCAAACUCUCUGAAAUCUGUCAGGGCCCUCACAAAUCUCACUCUGCAGGAUGAAAGGAUGUUAAAAGGGUGAUUACUCCUGGAGGCCAGAUAUUUUGUGAAGCAGCAGCUUUAAUGAUACUGCUGGCAGUGCAAUAUGCCUCCAUCUCCAUCUCUGGGAUUCAUAAGGAUUCAGCAUUUCCCACUGCCAGGGAGUGCCUUUCUGCUCUACAGAAAGAAGCAAGGUUGUCACUGCUGUACCUGACAGGCGCUCUGAUUGUGGCUGUCUGCUCUGUGCCAGGCUAUGGGGAGGGAGCAGGAGCAGAGCUUUCUCUGCAUUUGUGCACAGCCUUUCCAGAAAUAGCUGCAUUGCCUGUCACCAGGACACAGACAGGAGCACAGGGAAAGGCUUGGAUAACCAGGGCUGAAGGGCUUGGGCUUCAUUCACUCCUGUCACUGAUGGCACCAAGGGAAACAGUCUGGUUUGUCCUUCAGAUCCUAGAUUGUGCGCCAGGACAAAUACAAUCAGGAAAAAAAAAAUGUAGUUCACUUCUGCUUUGAUCACACUAAAUCAGAGCAGUGAGAGUGGUAGCUGUGCCAGAUGCUCUGAGAAGGAAUUGAUGUUGUAAACCACGCUGCCCUUCUAGAGGGUUUGGACAGAUCUGGAUCUUAGAGAAUCAUUUCCCUGGACUGUCAUGGACUUUCAACAAAAUGAGUUGAACCGUCGUGCUAAUGAACAUGCAGCUCAGUUUUGGGAAUGUAAAUCAGCUGGCAAAACACCUGCCAAAUCAAGUGUCUUAUCCUAACGUAAUGGGUGACUAAAUACACAUUCCCAUGCUGGAGAUUUAAAUAAUCCUUCAGAGCACCGUGAGAGUACCAGAGGCUUUGGCAGACAGAGGAAAACCUACGAAAGAGGAUGAACAAGCUGCAGAGACUGCUUCAGAACAAGAUCCUGAUCCUGACCAUUUGUGCUGCUGGGAUUGGAGGCACGUUCCAGUAUGGCUACAACAUCUCCAUCAUCAAUGCCCCGGCCUCAUACAUCCAGGUGUUCAUGAACACGACCUGGCUGGAGCGCAUGGGCGUUCCCCUGCAGAGCAACGUGGUCCUGCUGCUCUGGUCCUUCACGGUCUCUGCCUACCCUCUGGGAGGCCUCACUGGGGCCGUGGCUGCUGGGCCCAUGGCCAUCAUGCUGGGCAGGAAGAUGUCCCUGCUGCUGAACAACGGCUUCGUGAUCAUAGCUGCAGCCUUGUCCGGGUGCAGCCGAAUGGCCAAAUCCUUUGAGAUGAUCAUGCUCAGCAGGUUUUUUACUGGCGUGAAUGCAGGUGUGAGCAUGAACAUUCAGCCCAUGUACCUGGCAGAGAGUGCCCCAAAGAAGCUCAGAGGAGCUGUGGCCUUGACCUCUGCAUCGUUUACAGCCCUGGGGCUGGUGCUGGGGCAGGUUGUUGGACUCAGGGAGCUCCUAGGAGGGGAGGAGAGCUGGCCAUUCCUUUUAGCAAGCAAUGUGGUUCCUGCCCUGAUCCAGCUCACAGCUCUGCCGUGGUUCCCUGAAAGCCCCAGAUAUCUCUUGAUUGACCGUGGAGACAAAGAAUCCUGCAUCUCUGCACUGCAGAAGCUCAGAGGCACCAGCGACCUGAGUGCAGAGCUGGAGGAGAUGCUGGCCGAGCAGGCUGCUGUGGCAGGCCAGAGAGCAAAGAGCCCGUGGGAGCUGCUGCAGAACGCAGCGCUGCGGUGGCAGCUGGCCAGCGUCGUGGUGCUGAGCAGCGCCAUGCAGCUCUGCGGCAACGACUCGAUGUAUUUUUAUGCAGCUUAUGUGUUCCAAGAGGCUGGAAUUCCUGAGGACAAAAUCCCCUAUGUUGUAAUCGGCACGGGAAGCUGUGAGCUGAUCACAUCUGUCACUUGUAACAUGAUCAUAGACUAUGCUGGUCGGAGGCCACUGCUGCUGGGGGGAUACAUCUUCAUGGCAGGAUGGGCCAUUGUCUUCAUGGUCGCUCUGAGCCAGCAGACUCAGAUUAGCUGGAUGCCUUAUCUCAGCAUGGCCUGCAUUUUCGCCUAUAUCCUGAGCUUUGGAAUCGGACCAGCUGGUGUAACAGGAGUUCUGCCCACAGAGGUUUUUGAUCAAAUGUCCCGACCAGCUGCUUACAUGAUCUGUGGCUCCCUGCUCUGGUUCAACCUGUUCCUGGUGGGAACAGCCUUUCCAUUCAUUGUGAAAAGUCUAGCACAUUUCUGCUACAUCCCAUUCCUUGUGGUCUGUGUCUGCACUGCCCUCUACGUUUGGUUUUUCCUUCCUGAGACAAAGGGAAAAUCCUUCCUGGAAAUCUCAGAGGAGUUCAGGAAACGGAACUUCAAAGCCAAGACCCAUGGAGGUUUCUAUAAAGGCCCUGAGGAGAUCAAAACCACCACGUUGUAGCAGAAGAAAGGAAGAUGGUAUCUGGGGGGAUCCUGCAGUGAAUUCAGCAGUGCUAUGUGCCCUUGCAGGGACACAAAGAGAGAAGAUAGUGUCAAUAUAUUAUUCUUGGGUUCUUAAGUUCACCUUGAAAAUAUAAACUUGAACUGAUAAAUCCAAGCAAAAGUUCAAUAAUCUGUUCUCAGCUUUUAGUACUGAGUAACACAUGCAUAUUUUAGAAUGCAUAUCUGAGAGUGACAGAAUGAUGCCUUAUUCUCUUAUCAUCAUACAACACCAUGUAAUGCUUUAGAAAAUUUCUUCAGAAUUUCUCCAAACAGUAACUUCCAUCUCAGGAGUCCUUCUUUCCUUGCCCCUGAAUCUGGGCUUUCUAACACAGAAAUUAAUGCGAUUAAAGUCUGUUUUCAGACACCAGAUGAAAUUUUCAGUACCUUGUCUUGGUGCUCCCGUUGUUUCUGUUAUUAAGUGAUUUCAAAUAGACCCCUGCUUGUUAAGCAAUAGUGAGCAGUUAAUUAUUUUCAGCUGUAAAAACAUGUGACAGAUGGAUUAGAAAGAAAGCCUCUAGUACUUGCUAAGUGGCUUAUUAUACAACAGACUUUUGGGCAUUGUUUUGCAGACUAUUUAUUCUGGACUGGUUUUCUUCAUGGCUUGUUUGCUGUCAUCCAGUCCUCUGUUGUGAAGCACAAGUGAUUCUCUGGUGCAGUUUGCUCUGCUCCCAGGGACACUGCUGGUGCAUCCUGUGGGGCUCUGCACCUGUGCUCUGCUGAGGUUAAAGGUGCUGAGGAGCUGCCAUGGCAGCAGCUGCAGGCCACAGCUCAAGGUUCUCUGCAGCAUGUCCGUGCUGCCUCUGUAGAGCACAUUGGCAAAGACCCAGAUGUGAGAGUGAUUCCUUUUGGUUAACCUGACACAGAACAGGGCACCUCCUCACUGAACAUGAACUUUCACAGGCAUUGGCCUGACUGUUAAGUUUCUUCUCAAAGUCAUAAUCAAGCCACCUCUUUUCUCUUGACUUGUAUGAAAGGCACAGCGCUGCUCAUGUUUACAACAAAGAAGAACACACACAUUUUCAAAAUAAAUAGGUAGAGUCUCUUUCAGUGCAUUUUGAAACUACAUUUUAAAGAAUAAUGCAGCAUUUUUGAAUAAAAAGACCACACAAAUUUCUGGAGUGUAUUAGUGUCAUGCUGGGCAUGAGUGGAGCAGGAAAUCUAUUUCUCAGAAGAGGAGUCUGUGCAAGAACUCUUUCACUACCCAAAGUUUAUAACAUAUGAAAAAUAAAAGUAAACUUUUUUCCUUUGUGGUUGGUGCUAUUUUAGAAGCCAUUAAUAUAUAGACAUGGGAAAGAGCAGCUACCUCUGCUCUUGGAAAACACUGAGAUUUUGAAGCAUGCAGGAUUUUGAGAUGAGACAAUCAAGAGCAGGACUCCCUAGAAUUGGGAACUGAAGAGAUACGUUACAUUGCUAUAGUUUGGAGAGAGCAGUGAGCAGCAGAUGGAAAGAGUGAAAAACAAAGUGAAAGCAAAAUUGCCACUACCAUCAUGAUGGUAGCAAAAUAUUCUGUAAUUCCUUUGUGAGGACCAGAGGAAGGACAAAAGUGGAACACAAAAGUGGAGACAAAAGUGGAGCACAGAGUGAAGAAGGGAAGUGGGUCAGUGGGGAGCAUGCAGGGGAGGAAGCAGGGAUGUCUUGUGGUGAAUGCCCCAAAUGUGAGGACACGAGGCCUGACUCCAUUUUCCUCAGAAGGCUGAUUUAUUAUGUUAUAUAUUAUAUUAAAAUACUACAUAAAAACUAUACUAAAAGUACAGAGAGAGAGGAAGGAUCAGAAGGCUACAAGAGAGAAUAGAAUAGAAUAGAAUAGAAUAGAAUAGAAUAGAAUAGAAUAGAAUAGAAUAGAAUAGAAUAGAAUAGAAUAGAAUGCAUAACAAAAAUCCUGUGACUGCUCACAGCCUUGGCACAGGUGGCUGUGAUUGGUCACUAAUUGAAAACAAUCCACAUGGAGCAAUGGAAGAUGCACCUGUUGCAUCCACAGUAGCACACAGUUAUUGUUUACAUUUCUUUCCUGAGGCUCUCAGCUCCUCAGGACGGGAAAAAUCCUAGGAAAGGAUUUUUCAUAAAAUAUCAUGGCUACAGGGAUGGACUGAGGAGACUGCCUGGGCAGAGGGAGAGGCCUGGAGCACACAGGUCAGAGAAGACAGAAGCCCUCCAGUGUCCAGAGGUGCUCCCCUUGGCCACUUCUGUUGCCACUCCCAUGAGUCAGGACUGUGCCUUUUCCCAGAGCCCUGCAAGGGCAGAGCCAUCUGCACCUGGCAGUAUGAAACAGGCUUGGGCAGAAAUUAUACACAUUUACACCUUUACCUGACUUCCUGACUUUUAGAGCCAGUCCUGUGAGUACCUCUGGCAGAAAACAUUAAUUCUAACUUCCAGCAUUUUUUCUGACUGUGGCCUGAAAUCAGGGGUCUCUAAACUGAUUAAGCAAACACAAACAGUGGUUACAUUUCAGUUGGUCUAAGUUGUUAAAUUUUAAUUGAAGCAUUUAACAAGUUGGUUAAUUGAUACUGAAUUAAAACACCUUCAACUGAGAAAUCUAUGACACUUGUUCACAUUUUCUUAUAUAACGCGUUAGGCAAAACCACAUUUUGAAGUGAUCCUCAGAGACUCACAGUUGAUAUUACUGUUUGCAAAUCAAAUAAUUGUGCACUGUUGGAUUGAUUAAUAACCAUCAACACUAGGGAAAACUAGUACUGCUGCUGUCCUCAAGCACUG